GGCCCUGAAGACGCUGAUCACCACUACCUCGGUCCACCAGCUGUGUGCACCCAGUUUGAUACCCAUGUACCAUCUUCUAGCAUAAUCUGUAAAAAUGCCUGAAGGAAGUACAGCAAAGAAUGAUUUCGUUGCUGCGGUAGCAUCAAAACCUGAUUCACCUUUAGCACCUCUCGAUUCAUUACUUUCCCCGAAAGGCCCAACAUACGACGAACUUUCCCCAAGAGGAUCCGUCGCAGAGUCCGACUAUAACGAUAUAAUCCUUGAUGAUGAUCCAAGCUUCUCGACCGUUUCGCUUUCAGGAAACACCAGUCUUGUCUCCGAGGCAGACGCAGUCGAUACGCUUUCCAAGCUGAACCGCCGGACAACCAUUUCAUCGGCACCCUUGAAAGCAUUUUCUUCCUUGCGCCAUUUUGCCCAUAAGAAGUCUGCUUCGACAGUAACGAUACCAUCCGCACCUGGAAGUAGUAUCCUCGCGCGUAUCGGGUCACAAGGUACCCGCGAUGAAGGCGACAUUGAUGCAUUACGGAGUGCUGGAGAAGGGCAGCAGAAGCUUCAUGAAGAAUUUUUGCGCCUUCAUAACCAGCGACGUGCUGAGGCUACAGAAUCUGAACAAGGAGCCAUAGACUGGGGUUUCUGGGGAGCCGUCAUUUCAGAUUAUCAGGGUUUUGCAGCCUCGAAUCCCCAACGGCUAGCCAAAGCGAUCGAGAAAGGGAUUCCGGACGCGCUUCGUGGAAUGAUGUGGCAAUUAAUGGCAGCGUCAAAGGACAUAGAACUAGAAAAUACAUACCUUUCUCUCCUCAAGGAGUCCAGUCCUCAUGAAAAGGCAAUCACGCGAGAUCUCGGAAGAACCUUUCCUCACCACGACUUCUUUACUGAUGGGCAGGGCAUCGGCCAAGAACAUCUCUUCAACGUUCUUAAAGCAUACUCAUUGUACGACCCUCAGGUUGGUUAUUGCCAAGGUCUUCCUUUCGUAGUAGCUGUCCUCCUUCUAAACAUGCCGGACGAAGAGGCGUUCUCGCUCCUUGUUAGGCUGAUGCACUCUUACGAUCUCCGGGGUCAUUUUCUCCCAGAGAUGCCUAAGCUUCAGCUCCGACUUUACCAGUUCGAUCGCUUGAUAGAAGAUCUAUUACCCGUGCUCCACGUUCAUUUCCUCCGGCAAGGCAUCAAAUCUAGCAUGUUCUGCUCCCAGUGGUUUCUAACGCUCUUCAGCUAUCGGUUCCCACUAGAAAUUGUAGUCCGGAUAUACGACAAUUGCUUGGCAAGUGGCAUAGAAGCCAUUUUUGCAUUCAGCAUCGUGCUGCUCCAGAAGAAUGAAGACAUUCUACUUACCCUCAAGUUUGAUGAUAUCCUCGCAUUUAUAAAGAACAGGAUUUUUGAGCGGUACGAGGUCGAGCCCGUGAAUCCGCAGGAAGACCGUAUCAACGGUCCCCCUAAGAAUGUUAAGUAUCAUGUAGACGCGUUCGUGGUGGACGCCAUCUCUAUGAAGAUCACCCCAUUCAUGUUGGACACUUACGCACACGAGUACGACGACCUUGUCCGUGCCCGAGAUGCACAUGCUACCGAGAUUGAUACGUUACGAAACAACAAUCGCAGCCUGUCCGCGCAAGUGAAAGAACUUGAUACGAAUAUGGCGCAAUUAAAUGCGGAGCAUGUCGAGGUCCUUAAUCAGCUUGUGAUGGCUCGGCUACGAAAUGAAGAGCUAGAGGAAGAGUUGGUUAAAUACAAAUUACUUUAUGCGGAAGUCAUGCAUCAAAAGGAGGAUGCCAUGUCGUCUCAUCGCUUGUCAAACCCUCUGGGUAGCAGAAGAGGAAGUAACCACUCAUGAUGCAGACUUUGAGAUCACAGGACA